AUGAGUCAUUUUCGUGAACGAUUUCCUUCUACUCCAGCAGUAGAAGGUACAAUUGUAUCCUCAUUCUUGGCGGGUUGUUUUGUUGGUGCUCUCGCAUCGGGAUAUUUUGCUGAUCGUUUUGGAAGAAGAUUUUCUAUUUUGGGUGGUUCUUUAAUAUUUGCAGUUGGUAGUGUUUUACAAGCCACCUCUGGCACGUUUGCUCAAUUAUAUAUAGGUAGAAUUGUUUCUGGCAUAUCAAUUGGCAUUCUAUCAAUGAUGGUACCUCUGUACCAAUCUGAAAUUAGUCCCAAAGAAAUUCGUGGGCGCUUGGUUUCUCUUCAGCAAUUUUCAAUUACUAUAGGAAUUGCAGUUUCAUUCUGGAUCGAUUAUGGAUCCGCGAAAAUUGAUUCUCAUGCCCAAUGGCAAAUUCCUUUAGGGAUUCAAUGUGUUCCUGCUGUAUUGCUUGCAAUUGGAACAACAAUCCUACCAUUCUCUCCUCGAUGGUUGUUAGAUCACGAUCGGGAUGAUGAAGCGCUUAUAGUACUAGCCAAACUUCGUGCUAACGGUGACAAAAAUGAUCCUAUUGUUAUUGAAGAAUAUAAUGAGAUUAAGGAGAAUGUUAGAUUUGAACGCGAAAUUGCUGCAAAGAGUUAUUUUGAAUUAAUAAAAAAAGGACCAGAAAAUAUUCGCAAAAGAAUCAUACUUGGAAUUGCUAUUCAAGCAUUCCAACAAUUAACCGGAAUUAAUGCUAUCAUGUAUUAUGCACCACAGAUAUUUACUAGUGCUGGUUUAGGCGAUACUUCUUCAUCGCUCCUUGCCACUGGUAUAAAUGGUAUUGUAAAUAUGGUUGCUACAAUUCCCGCUAUACUCUGGAUUGAUACAUGGGGUCGUAAACCUACUCUCACUUCUGGCGGAAUAUUGAUGGGAAUUUUCAUGUUAAUCGUUGGGAUAAUACUGGCUGUACAUGGAACAGUAUAUUAUGACUCAGCUAUAGGAAAACAUUCUUUGCAUAUAGAUUCACCUGUUAGUUCUUAUUCAGUUAUAGUACUCAUUUAUUUGUUCGUAGCAUCUUUUGCUUAUUCUUGGGGACCGGGCGGUUGGAUUUAUCCUGCAGAAAUUUUUCCUUUACGUAUUCGAGGAAAGGCACUAUCAAUAACAACUGCUUCCAAUUGGCUUUUCAAUUUUGUUAUUGGACAGGUUGUUCCUAUACUAUUGGAUAGAAUAUUGCAGUUUAUUUUUAGCAACCUUACAUUUUAUCUCACAUUUUUACUUAUCAAUACAAAUAGAACCUACAUAAUCUUUGGUAUACUCUGUCUAAUAAUGGGUGUAUCAAUGUUUUUAUUCUUUCCAGAAACAAAAGGCAAAACAUUAGAAGAAAUGGACAGCAUAUUUGGCAACGUAAAAUCUGCACUACCAACACAUACCGACUCAAGGCGAGCUGUUGAAAAUACUGAUGGUGGGACAUCACCAUCAAAUGUUAAGCAGGAACCAAGCGAGAUGAGAAAAAUUGAACAAGCUACAGACAUUGAGACUAAGGAGAGUAAACCCUCCGUUGGUAUUGCUUUCCCUGGAUAA